CGAGUGGCGAGACAAGGCGAGCGGCGCACACACGAAAGUCUACUUCGAGGCCCCGUCUCUCCCCUCUCCUUAUACGGACGGUGCCGUCGUCCUCACCAACUCCCCCUGCCAGAUUUUAAGCGCCAUGGCCAAACCAUCUCGGCUUCCAUUUCUUUCUCCCUCUCUCUCCGUCUGCGCUUCGCUUCCUCCUCGCUCCUCCCAGGCCUGCGCGAGAUGAGUAACGGGGCCUGGUGAAUCCAAUCUUUAAUGCGCUAGUUACUCCCAGGCGUCCACCUCGGCCAACCACCCGCGCAUCCUUCCUUCCCCUCGCUUGCUCUGCCUGCCAAAACCCAACUCAUCUUCUGCCCGCCUCUGCUCUGCUCGUUUCCCCCCUCCCCUGCUCUCCCCUGUUCUCCCAGCCCGAACGCGGCGAGCGUCGAUCGACCCCGAUCCGCCGCUCGAAACCCGACCUUCGCGCGCGCGCCGGGGGUGCCAUGCCCGGGAACGCGGAAGCCGGUUCUUCGGGGCGCCCUGUCGUCUGACGUCGCGCCGGCCGGCCGGCCGCCUCCUUUGCGCGCCUCCGCCAUGGCCGAGGACCACGGGUCGUCGCGGCACAUGUCGGCGUCGCAGAAGGAGCUGGGCGACGAGGACGCGCGGGUGGUGCGCGUGGGCGACGCCGAGCGCACCAACGAGCGCCUCGACUUCGCGGGCAACGCCGUGCGCACCGCCAAGUACUCGCCGCUCACCUUCCUGCCGCGGAACCUCUUCGAGCAGUUCCACCGCCUCGCCUACGUCUACUUCCUCGUCAUCGCCGUGCUCAACCAGCUGCCCCAGCUCGCCGUCUUCGGACGCGGGGCCUCCGUUAUGCCGCUCGCCUUCGUCCUCAUCGUCACUGCCGUCAAGGACGCGUACGAGGACUGGCGGCGCCACCGCUCCGACCGCGCCGAGAACGGCCGCCUCGCCGCCGUCCUCUCCCCCGGGGGCGCCCAAUUCCUCCCGACCAAGUGGAAGGACGUCCGCGUCGGCGACGUCGUGCGGGUCGUCUCCGACGAGUCGCUCCCCGCGGACAUGGUCCUCCUCGCCACCAGCGAAACCACCGGCGUGGCGUACGUGCAGACGCUCAACCUUGACGGCGAGUCCAACCUCAAGACCCGCUACGCCAAGCAAGAGACCCUGUCCACGCCACCCGAGCGGCUCGCCGGCGCCGUCAUCCGCUGCGAGCGCCCCAGCCGGAACAUCUACGGCUUCCAGGCCAACCUCGAGCUCGAGGGGGAGAGCCGCCGGAUACCACUCGGCCCGUCCAACAUCGUGCUGCGCGGCUGCGAGCUCAAGAACACGGCCUGGGCCGUCGGCGUGGUGGUGUACGCGGGCCGGGAGACCAAGGCCAUGCUCAACAACGCCGGCGCGCCCAAGAAGCGCAGCCGCCUCGAGACGCACAUGAACCGCGAGACGCUCUUCCUCUCCGCCAUCCUCGUCGUGCUCUGCGCGCUCGUCGCCACGCUCUCCGGCGUCUGGCUGCGCACCCACGAGGAGGAGCUCGAGCUCGCGCAGUUCUUCCACAAGAAGGACUACCUGAAGCGGGACAAGAACAAUGACUACGAGAACUACAAUUACUACGGCAUAGUGGCUCAGAUCGUGUUCAUCUUCCUCAUGGCGGUCAUCGUGUUCCAGAUCAUGAUACCCAUCUCGCUCUACAUCUCCAUGGAGCUCGUCAGGCUCGGCCAGGCCUACUUCAUGAUCCGGGACACCAGGCUGUUCGACGAGUCGUCCAACUCGAGGUUCCAGUGCCGGGCUCUCAACAUCAACGAGGAUCUAGGCCAAAUUAAGUGCAUCUUCUCUGAUAAGACCGGCACGCUCACGCAGAACAAGAUGGAGUUCCGGUGCGCGAGCAUUGACGGUGUCGAUUACAGUGACAUCGCACGGCAGCGACCUGCUGCAGAGGGUGAUCGUGUUUGGGCGCCAAAGAUAUCGGUGAACACCGACCGGGAGCUGGUGAAGUUGAUCAGGGAUGGGGGUCAUACCGAGCAAGGGAAGCAGACCCGAGAUUUCUUUCUCGCCCUGGCAACGUGCAACACCAUUGUCCCCAUGGUCACCGAUGGCCCGGACCCUAAGAAGAAGGUGAUUGAUUACCAGGGCGAGUCACCGGAUGAGCAGGCAUUGGUCUCUGCCGCGGCGGCUUAUGGCUUUGUGCUAGUGGAACGAACAUCAGGGCACAUUGUGAUCGAUGUCCUUGGUGAGAAACAGAGAUAUGAUGUCCUUGGGCUUCAUGAGUUCGACAGUGACCGCAAGAGGAUGUCUGUUAUAAUUGGCUGCCCUGAUAAGUCUGUCAAGCUGUUUGUAAAAGGCGCAGAUAGUUCAAUGUUUGGAAUCAUUGACAAAAAUGUCAAUUCAGAUGUUGUCCAAGCAACUGAGAAGCAUCUCCAUUCAUAUUCAUCAUUAGGCCUGCGAACGCUUGUCAUCGGUAUGCGGGAACUUAGCCAAGAAGAGUUUCAGGAGUGGCAAAUGGCUUAUGAAAAGGCUAGCACCGCACUACUAGGAAGAGGAAACCUACUCCGUGGCGUGGCUGCUGACAUCGAGAGGAACUUGUGCCUAUUGGGAGCGUCUGGUAUUGAGGACAAGCUGCAAGAUGGAGUACCUGAAGCAAUUGAGAAACUGAGGCAAGCAGGGAUCAAGGUUUGGGUGCUAACAGGUGACAAGCAAGAAACUGCCAUCUCCAUUGGCUAUUCCUGCAAGCUUUUGACAAGGGACAUGGUACAGAUUGUAAUCAACAGUCGCUCAAGAGAUUCAUGCAGAAAGAGUCUGGAUGAUGCAAUGGCCAUGGUUAACAAAUACCAAUCAUUCUCGGCAGACCCACAACUCAGAGUGCCCCUUGCUUUGAUUAUUGAUGGAAACAGCCUUGUCUAUAUUUUUGAUGCGGAUUGGGAUGAGAAGCUCUUUGAAAUCGCAAUAGCUUGUGAUGUCGUCCUAUGCUGUCGGGUAGCUCCCCUACAGAAGGCUGGUAUUGUUGAUCUCAUAAAGAAGAGAACGAGUGACAUGACUCUAGCUAUUGGAGAUGGUGCAAAUGAUGUAUCCAUGAUUCAAAUGGCUGACGUUGGCAUUGGCAUCAGCGGACAAGAGGGAAGGCAAGCUGUUAUGGCCUCAGAUUUCGCCAUGGGGCAAUUCAGAUUUUUAGUUCCUCUAUUGUUGGUUCAUGGCCAUUGGAACUACCAGAGGAUGGCAUACAUGAUCUUAUAUAACUUUUACAGAAAUGCUACUUUUGUCUUUGUACUAUUCUGGUAUGUACUUUACACUGGUUUCACCCUGACAACAGCAAUAACUGAGUGGAGCAGCGUGCUGUACUCUGUGAUAUACACUGCUGUCCCUACUAUUGUUGUUGCCAUUCUCGACAAGGAUCUCAGCCGUCGGACAUUGCUGAAAUAUCCCCAGCUAUAUGGCCCAGGACAGCGUGAGGAGAAUUACAAUCUGAGGCUGUUCAUCUUCAUCAUGAUGGACUCCAUCUGGCAGAGCAUUGCAUGUUUCUUCAUCCCUUACCUUGCAUAUAGGAAGAGUGUAAUUGACAGUUCCAGCCUUGGAGACCUCUGGACACUCUCUGUUGUCAUUCUUGUUAACAUUCACCUGGCAAUGGAUGUCAUCAGAUGGAACUGGAUCACACAUGUGGCGAUAUGGGGUAGCAUUGUUGCGACAUGGAUUUGCGUCAUGAUCAUAGACUCCAUACCGAUCAUGCCUGGUUUCUGGGCAAUCUAUAAGGUGAUGGGAACUGGGUUGUUCUGGGCAUUGUUGCUUGCGGUAACCGUAGUCGGGAUGAUUCCUCAUUUUGCCGCAAAGGCCUUCAGUGAGUAUUUCACCCCCAGUGACAUUCAAAUCGCAAGAGAAAUGGAGAAGUCACAAGAUACCCAUGAUGCAACCCAUCCAGAAGUUCAGAUGAGUUCUGUGCUAAACGGGGUCUACAACUACAGUAACUUGAGUUGGAGAGGUAUUUCUCUAUUCUACCCAUCCCUUCCACCUCCCAUCGAUCUUCUCUCUCCCUUAUCCUCCUCCAGUCAUCCUGCUCCACGCCUCCACCAAUCUCCUUCGUCGCACGGCCCGAGCAUCGGCGACCGCGACCAGAGCACACGCGGGCGAGCGCGUCGGCGACCGGAGCACAACGCGGGCGGAGCAACGGCGGGCGCGAGGAGGGAGGGGUGGCGGCCGGCCCAAGCCGCCCCUCCCAGCGGAGCUGCCCCGCCCCUCCCCGGAUGCGUGGGUGGCGCAGGAGGGGCUCGCCCGCGGAGGCCUCGCCGGGAGUGGGAUGCGGCGGCGCGGGGAGGAGGGAGGGGUGGCGGCCGGCCCAAGCCGCCCGUCCCGGCGGAGCUGCCCCGCCCCUCCCGAUGCGCGGGUGGCGCAGGAGGGGCUCGCCCGCGGAGGCCUCGCCGGGAGUGGGAUGCGGCGGCACGGGGAGGAGGGAGGGGUGGCGGCCGGCGCAGGCCACCCGUCCCGGCGGAGCUGCCCCGUCCCUCCCCGGAUGCGCGGGCGGCGCAAAAGGGGCUUGCCCGCGGCUUCCUCGUCGGGAGUGGGAUGCGGCGGCGCGGGGAGGAGGGAGGGGCGCAGCACGAUGAAGGAGAGGGGCGUGCGGCGCUCGGCAAGAAAAAGGGGAAAGGGAGGGAGACCGACGGGAGGGAGACCAACAAGGACAAUGAGUUAAUGCUGAGGGUAUUUUGGUCUUUCGUCACGUUUAGCAAGUUUUAGGUGUGCUCAAAUUUUGUAUAACCAACUAGAAGGAAAAUGUGAGCUUGUCCAUGUCACUCUUCUCAAAUGUGUACGCAUCUUAAAAUGAAAAACUGGUAGGCAAUGAAUUCAAGUAAAGAAAUCUGCCUGGGGUUCAAACAAUAUUGAAUGGUCAACAGUUUGACUUGCUUAGGGCUGUUAUGUCACAGCCCAGAAGAAACCUCCAUGUCAAUAGAAUCCAUUUUGAUUACUCAAAGCCAGAGUGUAAUAUACUGUAAUACUACUA